GAGAGCAAGGCUCACGUCCGGAGGCCACACAUCGCUAUUUCAUAUGCAUUUGCACCCGCCGCACACUAUCGCACCACAGAUUCGCACUGCGGCGGCCAUCUCGACAUCGAUUCCCCAUCGGACGGCCUCCCGAUCCAGCCUCGACGCUGCAGUACCGGCGAUAUCAGGCUAACCCAGCACGCACACGACCGCGCCGCACGCGCCCAACACCGACCCAAUGGCGGCGAGGAAACUCCAACAGGAGAUCGACAAAGAGUUCAAGAAGGUCGCGGAAGGAGUUGAGACUUUCCAGGGCAUCUACGAGAAGCUCACUCAGUCGACAAAUCCUUCGCAGAAGGAAAAGCUCGAAGACUCGUUAAAGAAGGAAAUCAAGAAGCUGCAGCGAUCGCGAGACAAGAUCAAGGGUUGGGCAAGUCAAAAUGACAUCAAGGACAAGAAACCGCUGCUGGACCACAGAAAGCUCAUUGAGACGCAAAUGGAGAAGUUCAAGGCCGUGGAGAAGGAGAUGAAGACGAAGGCGUUCAGCAAAGAGGGUCUAUCUGCCGCUGCGAAGCUGGAUCCGAAGGAGAAAGAGAAGAUGGAAGUCUGCCAAUUUUUAUCAGAUAUGGUAGAUGAACUGGGGCGGCAAAUAGAAGCACAUGAGGCAGAGGCGGAAUCGUUACAAGCAACUGUCAAGAAGUCAAAGAAGGAUUCAGGGAAAGCCGACCGAGUAGCGGAACUGGAGCGGACUGUGGAGCGACACAAGUGGCAUACGGGCAAGCUGGAAGUUCUACUACGGUCGCUAGAAAAUGGGAGCGUAGACGUUGACCAGGUGAAGGAGAUUGAAGAUGGCAUCAAGUACUACGUGGAGCAGAACCAGGAAGUGGACUUCAUGGAGGACGACAGCAUAUAUGAUGACCUGAAUCUGGAGGAAGACGAGGAGAUGUACGGUCUCAACAACAACGAUGACAAGGUGUCAAGUCAGGAUACCCAGAGCAUACAAGACGAACCCCCGGACACAGAUUCUGUACCGAUCAAACCCUCGAAAUCCAAAUCCAUGUCAGAUGCGUCAGGAAACGCGAGGCGACCGAGUGUGCAACUCAAGACACCUCUACCGGCCCUUUCAUCUCUACAUGCGGGAACGAGUAAUGUCAAUGGCAAGCCUGUGGAAAUCAUGAAGCCUGCACCUCUACCGACAAUACCUACAGGCCAGACACUGAAAUAUGCUUCCGCAGCGGCAGCUGCCGCUGCGAGCGAUAAGAAUGGAGUUGGUAUCGCACCUUUACCACCGCCACCUGGAGCUUCGAAGAGCACGAGCGAAACGGCAUCACCAGCAGCAUCGACAGCACAGCCCUCGAUACCAGUCAGGCCAUCGGCACAUGUCAUUUCUGCACAUCCUGUGUUACCACCUGCAGCAAACAAAGUACCUCAGCCCCCUAGUCCGGACUCUGGUAUAGCAGGCAUUGCCUUAUCGAAUGGCGCAUCUGCAGAAGAAGAUGAGGAGGAAGAGUGCAUAUACCACUUGCCGUCAUCGCUGACAGACUUACUCGACUCGUUCGAGGAAAUCAAGCAGCGAGGUAACUCGGAUCAGCCUUUUGACUUGAGCAUGAUCAACACAUCACGACUCACUUGUCCAGCGCCUGCGGAUGCUGAGAAGCCCAAUCACUACAAGCCCAGCCAGCCGUACAGUGUGAAUCAGCCAACAUACCCGCAAGAGCCCUUGGGUAUUUUCGAUGACCCGAGGCUCUACAGUCGGAUAGACACCGACAGUCUCUUCUACGCCUUCUACUACCGACAAGGAACGUAUCAGCAAUAUCUUGCAGCAAAAGCACUCAAGAGCCAGUCGUGGCGGUUUCACAAGCAAUACCAGACUUGGUUUCAGCGGCACGAGGAGCCGAAGAAUAUCACGGAAGAAUUCGAGCAGGGCACGUAUCGUUUCUUCGAUUACGAGUCCACUUGGAUGAACCGUCGCAAGGCUGACUUCAAGUUCGCGUAUAAGUUCCUCGAAGACGAGGUCCUCUAAGAGAAGACAGUCUUUUACGUUUCUUCUGGUCACGGUCAGGUCUUGGUUGGUGUAAUAGUAGCUACCAAGCUUCAUGCUCUGCUCCUUCGAGCAUGGGGAAAUCCAGUCACCCGCUCCGAGAGCCCUCUUCAUGGGCCAUGUGCUGAUGAGUUUCGUUCUCUU